GAUAACUCUAUGAACAUUUCCGGUAGUAAAGCGCACAUGUGUUGAGAAUUGAUGAUGGUUGGUUUUACACUGGCAUCAUUUUGAGAGUGAUAACGAUUAUCUUCACUUCCUUGACUUAAUCAGCACGAACAUGAGUAUAAUACCAUGUCUGACGUGGGUAAGGCGAGGUGUCGCUAAAAGUAGCCCCGAGAAAGUUAAAUUGGAAAAAGAAGACCUGAGGAGAAUCAUAGAAGAAACCAGAGAAGAACUUGAGGAAGAUGAACCAUCGGACACGUCAGAAGAGGAGGAGGAGGAAGAGGAGACUAAAGGAGCUUCCGGGGGGAAGAUGCAGAAGAAGGUUGAAAAAAUAGAUAAAAAAAAGAGGAAGCACGAAGACAAUGGAACCACAGAGGGUGAUGAUAUAGUGGACAAAUAUGGAUUAGAUGAUUAUGAUGAUGACAAUAAUGAAGAUGAACGUAACCCCCUUAAAGGACUUGGUAACUUGGUAUACUACACAAGCAACGACGACGACCCUUACAUCACGCUUAAAGAUGAG